UCAUCCUUUAUGCACUUUACUAAUAAAGAACAAAUUACCUACAAGACCUGCCUUCUAGUAUAAAUAUUUAUCUCUAUUGAAGGUUCCUUAAGGAUCUCUUGAAUUCAGAAUUAAUGAAUUAAAGGAAUUAAAGAAUUAAACCGAUACAUCCAAACAUUAAAAAUGUGGAUAAUUCUAUGUAAUCUUCAUGGUAAAUACAACGUCAAUAUUUUAAAAUAAAAAUUUGAACCUGACAAAACUAGCCUUCAGUCAUUUUAAUCUACGACAAACACUUUCAAACAUGCAUUCGUAAUCCAAAAAAAUAUUAUUUUAACCUCCAUCACCAAUACCAGCUUUAAAAGUAUGAAAAAUUAAUGUAACCAAUUUAUAAUAUAAUUCAGUUACAGCCAGACCUCAAAAUGCGCGACGACAUAGACUUUGACGAAAACUGCGAUCCUAACAACCCCCGGAAGAUAAAGUAUGAUGACAUACUAGCAGCCUCACACCGUAUCAUGGGCGGUGUGAUUCGAACUCCAUGCACGAAAGCUCACAUGUCUGAAAAACUUGGAAUGGAAAUAUAUCUGAAGCAGGAAUUCGUUCAGUUUUCUGGCUGUUUCAAAGAACGAGGGGUGCGGAAUACGCUCAUGUUACUCAGUGAAGAACAGAAAAAACAUGGUGUCAUAUCCGCCUCCACUGGUAAUCAUGCCAUUUGUAUGUGCUACCACUCCACCCUGCUCUCUGUGCCAUGCGUGGUCGUGAUGCCCUUUUCUGCCGUCGUCAACAAGAUCGAAAAAUGUGAGAAAUUGGGGGGAAAAGUCGUCUUACACGGAGCUAACAUCAUUGAAGCAAGGAGGCACGCUUUAGAACUUUGUAAAGAAAAGAAAAUGUUAUACAUUAGCGGGUUCGAUCACCCGAAUGUCAUAGAAGGGCAAGGUACUAUUGGAAUAGAGAUUAUAGAACAAGUUCCUGCAGUCGAUGCGAUACUGGUCCCAGUCGGCGGCGGCAGUCUCAUAGCUGGCAUCGCUAUAGCCGCAAAACAUUUGAAACCUGAUACGGAAGUUUACGGAAUUUGUACUGACAAAACCAGCAGUAUGGUGGAAGCUUUACGAAAAAAUGAGCGAGUUUUCAUCAAUAUCGAUACAACAAUAGCCGAUGGACUUGCCGUUAACAUAGUUGGAGUUAACACAUUCCAUAGUUUGAAAGGAAAUGUCGAUAAAAUGGUUAUAGUUAGAGAAGAUUGGGUAGCUCGAGCAAUAUUGAGAUUAGUAGAAGAUGAAAGAUACGUGGUAGAGGGCGGCGGAGCGGUUUCUAUAGCAGCUAUUAUGGCAGGACUUUUUCCUAAUCUUAAAGGAAAAAAGGUUGUGUGUGUGAUGAGCGGUGGGAACAUAAGCACCACUGUACUGGGGCGGGCGCUGGAGCGCGGCAUGUCCGCGGAAGGGCGCCUGGUGAAGUUCAAGGUGACAGUGAACGACCGGCCCGGAGGCAUGGCCGACCUGUGCGCGCUGCUCGCCAACAUCAACGUGACGCUGCGCGACUGCGUGCCCGAGCGUGCCUGGGUCAAAGGAGACGUGUUCAGUGUAGAGUUAAAAGUGAUUUGUGAAACCAAAGGCUGGGACCACACCAAGGAGUUGGUGGAACAGAUCAAGAAACAUUUCAAGGAGUACUACUUUCAAGACAUGAACGAGCGCACGGAUAAGACUGCGGGCACCCGACGCGGGCCCUGUCUAGCCCCAAACCCCGUCUGCAUGCAGAAAUAGCACAAUACAAUAAGAUGAUAUGGUCAUUAUCAUCUAUCACCUGAUAUUUAUUAAGUGUAACAAUACAGGAUUCAACAUCAAGGAAAAAAAUCUCAUUCUAGUCUCAUAAUUUAUUUUAUUUUUAAGAAACUAUUAAAAUGAAAAAAAAACCGAAUCAACGUUUUUUUAUACUUUCUUUGAUUUUUAUAUUUUAAACUAGCUUCCACGACUAGAAAAACAUGAAAGCUAAGCGAAUGGGAUGAAAAAAAAAUAUUUUGGAGGACCACUGGUGGGCACUAGUCAUGGUUGGAUUCGGGGUCCUUAGUAAAAUUUUUAGAGCUUUGGGGCCUGCGCUGCGUUAACCGCAGCACGGAGCGGACGUCAGUUCCUAAAAACGAUAAUUUUGCCAUAUUCUUAAAUAUUUAUGAUUCUUUAAAUAAUGUUUCAUGGAUAUAUAUUUUUUUUAUUUCAACUGAUGGGAUCUGAACUUUUCGUCCAG